CACCUACCUAGGUACGGAGUACUGAAGUCCAGCAUCCUGCGUUCUCUGGCCGUAAAUCACCAUCGAAUCAAGCACAAUGGAUCACACACAGCCGAAAUGGGUUGUUGAACUUAACAGUGGUCUUCCUUCGAAGCCGAAACAUGCCCACAGCAUUCCAGACCCUCCCGGCUUCUCGUCCUCGAAAUCAGCGGCCGGGAAACAGAAAUCGCAAGUUUCUGCAAGGAAAGGACCUACACCUGAAGAGACCGAAACCUUGAAGCUAAAGAAGGCUUGGGAGAUUGCACUGGCGCCUGCGAAGCAACUGCCCAUGCAGGCUAUCAUGGGUUACAUGUCCGGCAACUCUCUACAGAUAUUUUCCAUCAUGAUGGUUUGGAUGCUCUUCAAGAAUCCAAUUCAAGCUAUUACGCAGACCAACAUGGCAUUUUCCAAAUUCGAAAGCGUAGGCACACGUUCGCAAAUGCUGGGUGCCAAAGCAGUUUAUGUCCUUAUGCAGUGCCUCUUGCUAGGCCUAGGGAUAUACAAAGUAAACAGCAUGGGCUUGUUGCCUACAACGAGGAGUGACUGGUUAGCAUGGGAGUUCGAAAGACAACCGCUCGAAAGAGCAUACUUUGCUUUCGGCGGAUGAUGCCACAGCGCCUUACACCCUCGGUCAAGCUGAAUGGUGAUGACUUCGGCUGCGCAAUAUCCACGAAAUCCUUUCUUCUAGCUCCGUGCGGCAUGCUUCUUUGUCGACGAUUUGGGCUGUGAGCUCCUCGCCCCCAACCCCACUUCAGCACGGCAUCGCAGCACUACAAGCUAGAAUCCCGAUAACUUGCAUCAAGCGGGGACUCUGGGGUUAGUCGCUGCCUUGGUGCCUAGGAAUCAUACUAGCACAGCUUCAGCUCAUCACCACCAUCACAUUAGGCUUGGAUCCUUUCGUCGCAGGAGGCGGGCCCUGUCAUGGUGCUCUCAAUCAUAACAUCUUCUUGGUCUCCAGAACGUCAGACUGCGUAUUGUCAUCUCAGGGGUUCUGGAAGCGGACUUUGCGCGGCUGAUGACCCUCGACGGCGUUCUGCUGCUUCGGUUUCAGGGAUGGAGCCUUCGGAAUAGCGUCGCUCGACUUCUCGACAAGUGCAACAGAGUUGUCAGCGCGAUUGACCUUGAGUUCGCCGCGCUCAAGGGAAAGUGCCUGCAUUUUCUCUGCGACAUCGUCAUCUGCUGCUUUGGCGAGCGAGAGGGACUAGUGGUAGUUAGCGGACCUGAUGCCCGGAAAAAGCAAGACUCGUGGGUAACAUCCUUCAGGUGACUUACAUUGAGCGACUCCACAAGAUUGUCAGUACCAACUUCGUCCAAAAAUUUGAUGUCAACAGCUUUAACGUCUCUCAACCAAGCUGGCUCCGUACCGAGUUGAGCGCGAACGAAGGCCGUUCUUUCUUGACAGAGUGGUGAACACCAUUUUUCCAUUUCUGCCUUGUUGACGAGUUUGAAGUCUUUGCCACCUUUCUUGUUCCACAUCAAGUCACCGUUAUGCGACAAUUUCUGGUUUGGUUUGGGACAGAGAGCGUAGCCGCAUCUGUUGUCUACAUUUCGUUCGUAAACGAGGUCGUCCAGAUCAGAUGCUUGGAACAGCCCUAGGCAUUGCUUAAAUAGAGAGGCAUCUGAUAGUUGUGGCCUUGCUGGAUCGGCAUCUGUUUUUGAUGGUA